CUCUCACACGGGCUGCAGCGCCGGGCGGCUCGUGUCCCCCAGCCGGGCGAACCCAGCCUGCGUCCCGUCCCCACUCCCCGCCCCGGGUCGGUCCGCGGGGGCGCUGCGCUGCUGAGCCGCAGGACUGGUCGCUGCUCGCCCGAUCCCAGCGCUGCCGAGCCUGGGCGGCCGGAGAGGAGCCGGGACUGGGGCUGGGGCUGGGGGGGGAAAGAGGCGCCCCGGAGCCCGCGCCUGCCCCCCAAGAUGCGAUGGGGGGUCCUCCUGCUGCUCGCCCUGCUGCGCGAGGCCGCGGGGGAAGCUCGCGGCAGGCUGGAGGCAGGACACCUCCAUGGCCACUCCUUGGAGCGGGGAGCAGGGACAAAGCUGCUGGGCUGGAGGGGGAAGAUUCGGGAGAGUUUGCUGGAGACCGACGAGACCCGCAUCAGCCAGGACCUAGUAGGAGGUAGCUUGGCCAUUGACACCCUGCCGGACAAUGAGACGCAGAUUGUGGAAGACAACCAUAGCUACUACAUGUCGCGGUUCUACGGGCUGGGGGAGGCGCGCACCAAAGAACUCUGGAUCGACAUGGCAGAAGCCAACAGAAGCCAAGUGAAAGUCCAUGGGAUCCUGUCCAACACUCACAGGCAGGCCUCGAGAGUCAUCCUGUCCUUUGACUUUCCCUUUUAUGGCCAUCACCUGCGGCAGAUCACCAUAGCGACAGGAGGUUUCAUCUUCAUGGGGGAUGUCAUUCACCGCAUGCUCACAGCCACCCAAUACAUUGCGCCCCUGAUGGCCAACUUCAACCCCAGCUACUCCCGCAACUCCACCAUCAAGUACUUCGACAACGGGACGGUGUUUGUGGUGCAGUGGGACAAGGUCUAUCUUCAUGGGAAGGAGGACAUCGGCAGCUUCACAUUCCAGGCUGCUCUGCACAGCGAAGGGAGAAUCGUCUUUGGGUACAAGGAGAUCCCCAUGUCUGUCCUGGAGAUCAGCGCCACGCAGCACCCUGUCAAAGCCGGCCUGUCCGAUGCCUUCAUGCUCCUCAACCCUUCCCCUGACGUUCCAGAGUCUCGCCGCAGGACGAUCUACGAGUACCACCGCGUGGAGCUGGACACCAGCAAGGUCACCAGCGUGUCGGCCGUGGAGUUCACCCCACUGCCCACCUGUCUCCAGCAUCAGAGCUGUGACGUGUGCGUGACCUCGGAGCUGACUUUCAACUGCAGCUGGUGUCAUGUCCUGCAGAGAUGCUCCAGUGGGUUUGACCGAUACCGUGAGGAGUGGCUGUCACAUGGCUGUGGCCAAGAGUCGGACGAGAGGACCUGUGAGGAUUGGGCAGAGAGCGACCACUACUCACCGUCCCCAAACAGCCCCUUCACGUCAUUUGAUGAAGAUGUCACUACCUCCUCUCUUUUCAUUGGCAGCCUCACCACGGAAGAUGACACAAAGCUGAAUCAGUUUGCAGGAGGGGAUGGAGUGAGAAAUGACCUUCCCACAAAGACAUCUGGAGCCCCGAUUCACACCGGGACCAUCGUGGGGAUAGUCCUGGCCAUCCUGCUCAUUGCAGCCAUUAUUCUUGCUGUAAUUUACAUCAGCAGCCACCCCACCUCCAACGCUGCCUUGUUCUUCAUUGAGCGGAGACCACACCACUGGCCAGCCAUGAAGUUCCGAAACCACACCAAUCACACAACAUACUCUGAGGUGGAUCCUGCUGGCCAUGAGAAGGAGGGCUUUGUGGAAGCAGAACAGUGCUGAGCACAUUCCUUUUCCUUCCCCGCCCCCACAACCUCCCUUGUCUUCAGGGUUAGAGUCUCCUGUUAUUCUACUGCAAACUCUCUCCUCUGUCGGGAAAGGAACAGGAACCAGAGGCAAAAGACCCAGUGGAGCAUUGAAAAAGAAUGAAUCAGGGCAAUGCAAAGAUGCGACUCUGCAGGACUCCUCUGGGAACAGCAGAGCCUGAAGCAGGGGUAGUGCAUUAUGACAUCAGUCUGCCUGCAGUUUGGUGCCAGAGCCCUGGGGGUGUCAGUAGGGAAAGCUGUAGUCGAGUUAGGGGUUUUUUGUGUAGUGUUGACUUCUUCCCUCCCACCUCAGGCAUCUAAGAUGAGCGGUUCCCAAUCUGGGCCCGCAUCCUUUCCUCCUCCACUCAUCAUUCCACCCCACUGUUUCGAACCCUACCCGUCUCUCCUUCAGGCUAAUAGCUCUCCCCCUCUGUCCAGGGAGCAAAGAAGAUCUGGCCAUUCUAAGGCUCAUGCCCUGUAAAGGAUUCACCUUCAGUGGCACUUCUGCAAUCACCUGUCCUUUCUGGUCAGUCACAUUAUUUUGCUGAUGCCCCUGAGGGAGAUGUAGUGGUGGAUGAGAGACCUCAGAUCCCUUCCUCCAAACCCAGGUUGUCUUCUACUCUCAUCACAGCCGCCAAACCAGAUCAGAUUACAAUGGGAGAGGGUGGGGAAAGAGCGUUAUGGAAAAUGUUUUUCUCCCAGAGCUAAAACCUGAAGUAAACUCAAGCAAAUUUUUCACUGAAGUCAAUGGAAGUUUCACCUUAGUGAGGACAGAGAUCUAGAGAUUGAACUCAGUUGCACUGUCAUAAAUCCUGAGUAACUCUAUUGGAAUCAAUGCAUCUAAAGCCUGAUCCAAAGUCCAUUGCAGUCAAUGGGAGUCUUUCAAUUUACUUCAGUUGGCUUUAGAUGAGGCCUCUCCUGGGGAUUUUCACUGGUAUCACAUUCUGGCCCUGAGUAAGGACUUUAGCAUUAGAUCUCUAGAGGUUUUCUUUUUCUUAUCCUUUGCGGUCAGAACCAAAGACUAAUCUACAGAAAAUAAAGGCUCUAUCCUGCUCCCUUUGAACCCAGUUGAAUAACUCCCAUUGACUCCAACUGGAGCAGGAGUGGGCCCAAAAUUAAGGAAAGACAGACACCCAAACAGACUCCAAAAGCUGGUGUGAAGUGCUAUUUGCAUUCCCAGAAGAAACAGGGUGAGUUUGUUGUGUUGUUUUUUCAUGGUCCUUGUCUAUUUAUUCUGAUGUCGUGUUUGGUGCAUAUUUCAUCUACUGGCUGGUUCAGCAGUCACUGGCGGUGAUUACUGCCAAAGGCAGGGUCUGUCUAAUUAAUGUUUUCAGUCUCAUGGGCUGAAUUUAUAUAGCCAUUAAGGAUAAAUAUGGAUGCUGGGUGGCAUUUAGACCCUGGCUUAUACUUCUUCAGACUUAGCCACUAGGGUAGCUUUUGCUGCAUCUGAUUAUGUCAUGAAGACACCAAAAUGCUCAAACAGGGUAAGUCAGGCAGAACCAUGCCAAGUUUUUAUGGGCCAUCAGCCCAGACAUUCUCUCUCUAGGGAUAUUUAGAAGAUAAACUUUAGCUCCAAGCAGGAUCUUGAGCUAGAAGGUUGAUUUCUCUCCUCUUGCCCUCAGUCGAAUAAGUUUAAAGGAACACUGUCAUGUAGUGCAGUGGUUCUCAAAGCCAGUCCGCUGCUUGUUCAGGGAAAGCCCCUGGUGGGCCGGACCAGUUUGUUUACGUGCCGCGUCUGCAGGUGCGGCUGAUUGCGGCUCCCACUGGCUGCAGUUCGCUGCUGCAGGCCAAUGGGGGCUGUGGGAAGGGCGGCCAGCAUGUCCCUUGGCCCACGCCGCUUCCCGCAGCCCCCAUUGGCCUGGAGUGGUGAACCGCAGCCAGUGGGAGCCGCGAUCAACCAAACCUGCGGACGUGGCAGGUAGACAAACCGGUCCGGCCCACCAGGGGCUUUCCCUGAACAAGCGGUGGACCGGCUUUGAGAACCACUGAUGUAGUGUAUACCAUAAAUCUGGCCUUCUGUAAAAUGGUUAUAAUCUGGUAGGCGAUUUCAAUCUCUUUAUAAAAUAAUCACAUUUUUUCCACCUGUUAGAGUUAUACAGAAUAUUAACUGGCAAAGAGAAGGUCAGUUGGGUACUUCUGUUUACUUGUCUCAUAAUACAAGAGGACAUCCAGUGAUUGUGAAAGAGUCCAAAUGUAAAGCAAAUAUAUUUUACACAAUGCAUAAUUAACCCAUGUAACUCACUGCCACAAAAAUUAUUGCAGCCAAGAUCUUAGUAGGGUUCAAAAGAGGAUUAGACAUUUAGAUGGAGAAUUAAAACAUGCAAAAUUGUGUUAAGUAGGAUAAAAAUGUAUAAGUUAUAUAAUAAACUGUCAUGCUUCAGGGCAUAAACCAAAGGCCUGUGGUCUGAAUGCCUGUGGUCAGGAAGAAACUUUCCUUAUGGGCAGUUAUUUCAUAGUAGCCCAGUAAGCGGUUUCUUCCAUGCAGGCAUCUGAUACUGGGAACUGUCAUAGACUGGAUAUCAGAUUAAUCAUUAAAUGAACAAUCAGUAUUAUCUAUUAAGACAAUGUUCCUAAUUUCCCAGCAGUGAACAAAAAAAAUUCAUUAUUGGUUAUGCUAUGACCAUGCUUUCUGGUUUUCAUCUUUUUAAUAUUUGCAAUUUUUAUGUUUAUUUUUAGGUAAAUUUAUGGCUAAUUUUCAAGGAGCAAAAAGUUGUAUUCGGUGUUAAAAAUAUGGUUCUCCUUGAACUAUAGGAAAAAAUCAGACCCUUCCAGAGCUCCACUUUGCUGAGCAUGACUUCUCAGCGACACUGGAAUGCUUGGGGUGUCCAUAAAUAAUUAUCAAAACUGCAAAAAUUGUAAAUGCUAGGAAUUUAUCAAAACUGAAUUUUAAAUUUUUCUUUGGUAGGUUUUGAUAAGUUUUAACCUAUAAUUGUCAGUCCCUGUCUGACUGUACAAUAGUUCACCCCACAUUUGAGGAGAAGAGGAUCUGCUGUCUCACCAUACGGAGAUCAUUCUCUGUGGUCAGCUGAGAGGUAGUGCAGUGUGCUAGCACCUGAUGCCUCCUCUUCCGCUCUCUCUCCUAGAAGGAGACUGAAGUGGAGUGCAAUUCUCCAUUAUUCACCCCUUUACCUAGCUGUUGUGGGCUCCUGUGUCAAUGUUCUGAGAGAGCAGAGAUGCAGUACAAUGUUCCAGUACCAGCUGCCUUCUCCUUUAUCCCCUAGAGACAGAUGUGAGCAGACUCUACUUUCUAAGCCAACGUCACCUAGUUGUUGUGGUUGGAUCUAGAGUCAUGAGUGGACCACAGAGGGGCUAAAGAAGGAAAUCACCAACACAGAGAAAACAGUGUGCUGUGGAAUCCUGAUGAUUUGAACUCCUGUUAUCCAAACCUCCCUUUCUGCGUCUGCCUGAGGCUGAAUCCUUGUCUAUUGACUGCCAAUUAUCUGAACUCCAAUUUAUUCCAACAUAUUUGGUAUCACCCAGGCAGUUCAGCUAUCUAAGAUUUUUCUGGACAACUCAGAAUUAAUCCUUGAAGUGUUAAAACAAUGUGAGUUCCCAGGGGCAUGUGCUUCCCUGCAUUUCUUUGGAACCUUGGGCUUCUCUACACUACAUGUUAUGUUGGUAUAACUUAUGUCACUCAGGAGUGUGAAUAAACCCACCCCCGUGAGGGAAUUAAGUUACACCAACCUAAGCACUGGUGUGGACAGCGCUGUUGUCUGUGGGAGAAGCCAACAUAGCUAACGCCUCUUGUGGAGGUAGUUUUAUUAUGCCAGAGAGAUAGCUCUCUCCCAUCGGCAUAGAGAGUCUUCACCAGAUGUGUUACAGCAGCACAGCUGCAUCGGCUAGCCCUUAAUGUCAGGUGAGGCCAUUUGGCCCAAGUCCAUGUAAAAGCCCCUACAUUGCCCAUGAUUCAUGUGCCCAUAAGACACAGAAAGGAGUUAGUCGGCAGCGUUAAUUCCAGAAUUAAAUGCUUAUUGGUAAAAUAUAGGAGCAUGAGUGUGGGAUAGAAGAAAACAAAGGAUCCCAGGCAUUCUUUGGUAGUGAGGUCUGGUUCUGGGAGCUCUAAGACCACUUUGGGUCAGUGGAAUCAAUAGGGAUCAACCUUUCAGCAUGCAGGGUCUCUAGUUUUCAUUGCAUGUGGCUUCACAAUAGAACAGCUCUGUAUCCUACUCUACAGGGCAGUUGUGAAGGAUUCUCACUGCCAACCUACAAGUGCUGCACCAUCGUUCAAAGAAAUGGAGCAGGGACCAAAUAGAAGGCCAUCAGCGUAACUCAGAUUUGGGGAUGCAGGCUAAUGCUGCCAUUCUUACGUGCAAAGUUAUAGGAAGGAAUGCCAACUGUGUGCCUAGAAGCACCUGGGUGAAGAAGGUCUUUAUAUCACCUGGCUUCUAUAGCCAUGUUCUGAAGUUUCAGUUUAGAUCUGGGUGAACACUUUGGCUGGGCUUCCUCAGAAGUAAAUUGUAUAAUGUACAUGUGUAUAUUGACCUGUGUAUUUUAUAGCUAUAAAAUGGGCUAGGGCUGGUAGCUGUGCUCAGUCAAUUGCUCUGCUGGUUACAGCAAGACACAAAAUACAACCAACCGCUUAUGCCAUCCCCAAUGUGUCUUUUUAAGGACAGCACCCUUGCAGUUUGUGGCAACUGUUGAUCAUGUUGUUAGAGUGUAGCGGUGCUGCUUGUACCGAAAUGGAGAACAACAUCAGGGCAUAUAUUAAUUGAUCACUUCUCUGUGCGUUCAGCAGUUGGGAAAAUAUACAAUAGGCUUUAUUAAAGACAAACAAAACAAGGGCUUGUUUUUGCUCCUGCUGAAAUCAGUGGCCAAACCCAUUUUAUUUCAAUGGGAGCAGGACCUGGCUCGAAAAUAUUUUCUCUCUUAGUAACUGCCUACUUUCCACAUACUUGAAUUUACAGCACAACUGGACUAUUUGUGGGGACUAAAGGCACUUUAGCUGUCUUUUAAUGCAAUGUAUUUACUAUUGAUUAUCUGCAUGGAAUACAAUGUUAAUACUUAACAAAAAAACUUUUUGGACUGCUUUGUUUUCAAAAUAAAAAGGGCAAAGGAUUGUUGGUGGUGUUACGCAAACUUCUAAGCAUAAUGGGAAUAGUAUUUUAUUCUGCAUUGUUUAAUGGACACUAUCAGAAUAGUAGGCAUAUAAGUAUAUUUUUAAAGAUUUCCUUCUCUGUGUUACUAAUAGCAUAUUAGAUUAUUAAAACAGAAAGAAUUUUCAAAAACAUGGGGUGUGAUUCUGACCUUAUAUACCAGAGUAACUCCACUAUCUUCAAUGGAACAACUCCUGAUUUACACCAACAUAACUGAGAUCUGAAUCAAUCCUAUACUUUUAUUUUCAUUAUGCUGUUACAUUAAUCUUAUUUAGAUUUUGCAGGUUAUUCAGCUUGGACAAUGAAAUUAGGCAGGUCAGUUUCACUUUCUUGGUCUCUGGCGCUAGUACCAAGGUACUUUUAUAAAUGCAAAAUAGUUUAUUUUUUUAUCUAUGUAAAGAUCACUGAGGCCUUCAGGAAUCCCAUGGUUUAACCCAGUGCCCUUCUUGUAUGGUGAAGGUAUAAACAGGGAAGAAUUAUAUCAUGGACACAUUGUCAGCACCUUAGCUAUGGUGUCAAAAGGCCAGUGCUGCAAUUAGCAACAGUGGGCAACAGAUUAAUUCUAUCAAGAAUUUCACUGUGAUCGAUUUUAUACAUAUAUUGUUCUCAGAAUGGUAAUGGAUACAAACACAGCAAGUAUUUCCCUCAGGCAUCCUCAAGGUAUAUUGCCAUUGGCUGGAUUUUAACCCUUUGAAUGCUUGAACUUUCCAAUUGGAUAAAGAAACAGAUCAGGGUGUGACAGUUUAUAUGCCCCUCCUCCCCCGCAAAAAAUUUGUGUGUAUGAAAAUAAAACUCUUCAAUGAACCUUUAUGUUUAUGCUAAUAGUCUGUCUGUCUAUAGUACUUUCCAUCCAUCAAUCAGAAAGCAUUGUAAUUAAUGGAUUAAGCUUCACAACAUCUCUGGGAGGUAGGUAUUAGUCCUGUUUUACAGAUAUAUAAACUGAGGCACGGGGAAGUCCACAACAGAGGAAGGGUGGUCUUUUGGUUAAAGCACUGAUGGUCAUGGGAUGAGUCCUUACUGAUGGCCCUUGGAUGUAUAUGAUGAUCUGUUUGAUCUAAUGCAUUAUCUUUUCAGGUAUUUUUCUAAAUGAUAUGCUGUAGUUCAAGCACAGUUUGGGCAUGAAGCAGGAAUCCUUAUGGCCUCUUAUGCAAAAGGUCAGACAAGAUGAUCACAGUGGUCCCUUCUGGCUUUAAAAUCCAUGAAUUACUGGACUGGAACUCAGAAGAUUCAGAUUUAACUCCUGGCUCUACCACAGACUAGCUUCAUGACCUUAGGCCAGUCAUUGAAUCUCUCUGUCCCUCAAUUCCUUCAUCUGUAAAAUUGGGAUAAUUAUCCUUCUUUUCUCCCAACCUCCAGGAAGAAUUAACCACUACCUUCUGUGCCCCCAAAUCUGCUGGGUGGAUUUGCUACAAAUGUAACCUAUGUACUACCUAAGUUAAAACUCAAAGCCAGGAUCCAGGGUAGCUAUCAGCAUCUCUGCCAGGUGAGUUGAUAGGAAACCUCACAUACAACUCCUUUUUCUGCACCCCUAACUAAUCUGGCUGAGCUGUAAAAUCAGAGGUGCCCUGAGAAUCAUCAAACUUAGAGAUGGCAAAGAUGUAGUAGGUCACCUGCCUACCCCAACCCAGUGCAGACUUGUUCCCUACAUUGUCCAAUUUCAGGCUUUGUCCAUUCUGGUUUCAAAUGUCUCACGCAGUGAGGCUUCCACAGCCUGGAAGAGGCUCUUUAAGCUUCUCUCUGUAGUGAACAGCACAUGAGGACAGAUAAGAGGGAGGAAUCCGGUAAUCUGAUGUGUUGAUAAUUAUCAUCUCAUCCUCCAGAAAAGCUUGACUAAUCAGCUGAGUCUAGAGGAGCAGAAAACACCUGCACACCUCCCUUUAGCUAUAAGCGAAGAGGCUCAAAGCACUAACCUUCACCUUCUCCCACCCCUUUCUCAUUACAAAGGGAUGAGGAAGAAAUUCGGAGUCCAUUUCACAUAUUGGAAAUUUUCCAAAGGCUCAGUUUUGGAGGAAGUGGGGGUGGAAUGUAUUCCUGUUUGGUAACUAGGUUAGACUAGGCACCAGUUCUCCUUUUUCUCUUAAAACUGACCUAAAUUACACAGAUCCCACCCCCUCAUCAAAUUGCGCUAAAAGUCAUAACAAUAAGUAGGCAGUUUUGUUAUUUUUGAAAACCCAAUAAAAACCUAGACGUUUUGGCAGAAUGCAUGUUAAGCCUUUUUCCUCUGCACAAAAAUCCAUCUCAGGGUUGUUUUGAUAAGAAAGAAAAGCGCAUUCAUAUUCUUUCUUUUAAAAGCAAUGAAAAGAAAAGAGCAGGUUUGCUGUUCUUUUCAGAGUAAUAGUAGGUUUCAUGCUCCCUGACAGGCUGCAUGCUAAUACACUCUGGCUUCCCGGUGCCUGCUGCUAAGGGUUAGUUCAAUGACUCUACUUGGCUGUGGAGGGAUUUGUAACUCUGUCACUCUACAGGCCUACAGAAUAAUAAGAAAACCUGCAGUGAGAAUUUCCUACCUCCUCCAUACUUCCCCCUACCCUUGGCUGAAGGAGGUGGAGGUGCCAGACAGUCCACCAAGGAAUGAAAAUAUAUCACAGCUCUCACUGUUGGCAGAAAAAGUAAGUGAUGCCUGGUGAUUCCUGAUGGAACCAAUAAUAGAGAAUGAAUUUGCACGCAAUCCUCCGAGACGCAGUCUGUGCCACAGGCUUUAGAAAUGGAGAAAGGCAGAUACUCAAAAUUAGGCACGUGGCAAAAAAUAGUAGAGCAGGAACCUUGAAACAGUAGUUCGAUAAUUUCUUUAAUAUUUAUGACAUUCCUUGUUGUUUUACUCUCUUGAUUCAGCAUUUCUAGUAUCAAGACCUUACCAGAGUCCAGAUUCUCUUCUCACUAUUGGCUUACUUCUCUGGAGCUGCGCUGUGGUAAUGUUGUGGAGAAUCUGUAUCUAGUUCUCUAUGGGACUGAGAUAAACUUGGUUCUAUAUGUUCUAUGUUCAAGUUGAGAGACAUGGUGGAAUAUGGAAAGCAAUGGAGAUGGUGGAAUAUGGAAAGCAAGAAGAUCAGUGUCCCAAUAAUUGUAGGAUCUGGUGUUUUUCAGUUAAAAGGAAAUGUUCAAAAUAGGAUGGUUUCCCACAAACCUGUCUCUCCCCCCCCACUUCCAUUGGAAAAAGUAAGAUAUUUUAACAAUUAUCUUUAUGGUUAUUACAUUUCUAUAGCAUCUUUCAUUCAAAAGGACACCAGAAUACACUACAAAUGUUAGAUAUACAAAAAUCAUUGAAAUGCACCAAACUCUGAUGUGGAACAUGGCAACUGCUUCGUUGUGCACAGCAGCAUUAGACAAUAAUUUAGGACAGGAGUAAAGAAAAACUGCAAGUGCAGGGGGGAUUUAGGAACACAAAAUGUAAUUCUCCAAAUUGGAAUUUGAUAAGGAUCUUAAGUGAUAGCACUCCCACUUUUGCAAAAAAUGCCAUGGUACAUUUAAUCACUAUGUUGUCAGACCCCUCGUUUUAUAUCUCCGUCCAAAGAUCAGCAACCACAAGGUUUCCUAGCUAAGCUUUGUGUUAACUUUCUGUAAUGUCCUAGAGACAAAAUCUCCAGCCUCCUGGCCAGAACUUUGGAACAAACAAAGAAGAGAGACUGUUGCCGAGAGAUCCCUUCUCUAGUUUAUUGCAGUACUGCCUGGAUAACUUGUGCAGUGCAGACAUGAUCUGUAAAGCUCAUAGUUACAUACCACACUGUCAAAUCUAAGUGCUUUGAUAGAUGGAGCUCCUACUGAAUCAUCAGCAAUGUUGCCUGAAGAAACAAGAUUUUCCUUGGAGAUGUGUCACGCACAAUGACCAGGCCUACCAACCUGCCUAACUUGAGACGGUGAAUAAGACCACAGGCCAAGAUGGUAUUGGCUGCAGUAAACUUCGUGUCUGAGAAGCUUCCCAGGGCCUGAACAGGUGAUUAUCUCCAUGUGGUGCUGACAGAUUCCUAUCUAUUUAGAGCUGAACACUGCAUCUUAAAAAGCAUCAGAGAACGAAACAGCACCCAUUACGCUUUGGCGGUCUUGCUUAGCUCUUCAGAAAUCCAAAGGAAUUUGAUCUGAGAGGCUAAUGAAGUCUCAGUGAACCAGGACUUUCUUGUACCAAUGUCUAUUUUUCUGUAAAGCUGAAGGAUGGAAUGGGUCUGCUUGUGCUCCUGGAGGUUGGAAAAUAUGCCUUUAUUCUACUAGGGAAGGAGUAGACUGGAAAAGCCAGCUCCUCAGCUGGCAUUUAUUCACUUUAUUGGAGCUGGGAUGAUCUGGACUCAGCCCAGAAUGUCCAGUGAGGACGUAUAACACCAGAGGGCACAAGAAGGGGACUUUUCACAAGCCUGCACCAUCUUCCCAUUUAUCUGACCAACACUCUUCCCUGCCUUGCCUCUUUCAAUCUCCCACUUCCUCCAUUGAAAUAUCUUAGUUAGAAAUGGGGACUAAGGAUUCCUGCAUUUGAUGCCCAGCUUUGCCACUUAUCUGCUGUGUGACGUUGAGGAGUCACUUAACCUCUCUCUGCUUCACUUUGUAUCUUAUCUGCUUUCCAGGGAGUGUUUGAGAUUCAGUGAUCCAAUGUAUCCAAAGUAUUUUGAGAUCCUCAGAUUAAAGGAACUGCAGAAGCACAAGGUAUUAUUUAUAUCUAAUAACUCUGAUCAGCUUCAGGAAAGAGGUGGCGGAGACCAUUAAUUCCAUUUCUGCUUUCCUUUAGACUAGGUCUCUCCUGCUCUGGUGCCAAGAGGAUUGAAGGAAAUGGGGAAACACCUUAAUUGCCUGUGUGCUGGUAAACAUCCCAUUAUGUCCUUCAGAAGCUUUGAGGUUCCAUGGCACUUUAAAAGAAUACAACUCUGUUCUGCUGCUGCAGUGAGGACCAGCAGCAAAUGGAUUAAUGCAGCACUACAAAAGUGAGAUUAGGAUCACUACAGCAAGGGUUAAUCUGACAGAAUGAUCUCAGUGUGAGCCCUGCACUGCAGGACCAAGUGGAUCCUCAAAUAAAGGAUUAAUGCUUAGUCCUUUCCUCUAA